GAAAAUUUCUUUUCAAGCGUGGCUUCCUUCGCGUGCAGCAGCGUUGUUCAGUCGAAGCCGUGAGUGUUGAACUUUAUUAGUUGGUCGAAGUAGGCUUUUUAUUGAUCACAGUCCAACUACAAUACAGUUAGUUCGUUAGAUCAGGAUCUAGUUAGGGUAGUUUUACGCGCAAGUGAAAAAAUAAGCUCUUGAGCAGUGUCGCAAAAGGAACCUUACCAACAUCUCAUCCGCUGAGACCAACGUAGGCAAAAAGAUGGCAGAAGUACAGGACACCGAAAUGAAUGGUGCGGGUGUGGAGGCUGCACAGGAAAAUGGAAACAAUCAGCCUGCUACUGAUCAAAGUAGUGCAACUACAAACGAAGGUACUGCUUCCACAACCAACGGAAGUACCACCGAAACCAGCAGUACCAAUAGCCACAGUGUGCGUGAUGAUGACAGAAAAUUAUUCGUUGGUGGACUUAGUUGGGAAACAUCUGACAAGGAUCUUAAAGAACACUUCAGUGCUUACGGCGACAUAGAAAGCAUCAAUGUGAAGACGGAUCCCAACACAGGCAGGUCGCGAGGCUUCGCCUUUAUCGUUUACAAAAACGCCGAUUCGAUCGAGAAGGUCGUGGCGGCCGGUGAUCAUGUCAUCAACAACAAAAAGGUCGACCCGAAGAAGGCGAAGGCUCGCUACGGGAAAAUUUUUGUUGGUGGCCUUACAUCGGAAAUCAGUGACGAGGAAAUCAAAAUAUUUUUCGGGCAAUUUGGCAACAUUGUAGAGGUAGAGAUGCCGUUCGACAAACAGAAGAAUCAACGUAAAGGGUUUUGCUUCAUCACGUUCGACUCCGAGCAGGUUGUGAACGAAUUGCUGAAAACCCCGAAACAAACCAUCUCCGGAAAAGAAGUAGAUGUAAAGAAGGCAACGCCAAAGCCAGACAACAUGGGCCCCAUGGGUCCGAUGGGCGGGCGUGGUGGUAUGCGUGGCCCUCCACCCCGUGGCAUGCGAGGAGGUCGUGGCGGACCAGGUGGUCCUAAAGGCUACGGACAAGGAUGGGGCGGUCAAGGCUACGGAGGCUACGGUUACGGACAAGGAUAUGGCGGAGGAUAUGGUGAUUAUCAAUGCGAUUAUUUCGGCGGGUUUGGAGGAGGAGGAAGUUGCUACACACCUAGUUACGAUUAUGCCAAUCAUUACGGGUAUGAUGACUACGGUUAUGGCGGAUACGACGGAGGUUACAUGAACGGAGGACGUCCUGGUGGACCACGUGGAGGGGGUAAAGGUGGCGCUGGUGGAUAUGGUGGUGGUAAACAGCGUGGUGGUGGAGGUAGUGGACGCCAACCUCGCCAUACACCCUACUAAACAAAAUUCCCAGCAUCUUGGGAAAGGAUCAAGAGUUGAAGAGGGAAUAAGGAAAGAGGGAAACAGAGAGGAACAGAGAGAGAGAGAGAGAGAGAGAGAGAGAGAGAGAGAGAGAGAGAGCACCUCAGCAUUUCAGCGUCAUAUAAGUAUGCAUUCGUCGUCGUCAUUCAGCGAUUCGUCAUAUAAUUAUGCAUGUGGCUACUGCUACUCGGUACGGUACUUUUUAUGUAUCGUCCAUCAGGAUAUGCGAGAAAAGAAAAUACCUUUAAACAUGGUUCUAUUGGGACGUAUAUCAGAUGAAUCCGUUCUAUAAGGCCUUUCCAAUUUACUCACACACAGCAUGAAACAGAAAUAUUGUAUAAACUAGCGAUAGAUUACAUCUCUUUUAGUUAUAAGACAGGCCCAAGUUGUAACAAUACUAGAAUUCUACCACUAGGACAGGACAAUAUUUAUCAGUUUGUUUUUAUUCAAAUGAAGCGCGAUUAGUUCUCUAACUCUAGCGUCUAGCGAAAUUCAAUAAUGCAACCAUGGCCUGAGAAUCAGCUGUUUUAGUUUUCUCAACUCAUCUAAAGAAACCCCGUACUACAAAUGUAGGUUUUUUGGUGCGUCCCUAAGAUGCCCAGACUCCGACUUUUGCGAUAGCGACAAAAGCACACAUUCAUUUAAUAGUUGUAAUUGUGAAGCACACACAGUCAUUACUGCAUAGUUGAUGCAAUUAUUUGCGCUGUGCUCAUUGUCUGAAUCGAUAUGUUGCAGCAGCCCAAUCCCAUUUUAGAAUGAUAGUCCAAAACAUAGGGGUCCCUAAUGAACGCCUUUGCAAGGAUGCGAUCAGUUUUUGCAAAUUUAUGACAAUUUCCUAUGAAUGCGUUGCGAAGCCAUUCUCAAUAGAUUCGUAUAGUAUUAGUGAGCUUUUCUCAACGUGGAAGUGCAGUGCUCCUUUUUCACAUUGAAUUUUGGAAUAUUGUAAAUAAAAGUUCCCGAUCCCUCCGGUCGAGCAACCUGAACAAGAAAUUUAAGUCUUCUUAUUUAUACACGAUGGUUCCUACAAAAUACUGUCAUCUGACGCAUUCAAAUUGUAAUGGUGUCAUGUCCGAACGGUUCAUUUCUUGUCUUAGCACGAUAGCGACUUUAGAUAGACUAGAGCAAUCUGGUAUUAGGUAGUCAAGGGAGAGAAGGCAAAACAAAAUAGGAAUAAGAUAACCGUACCAUGCUCGUGAGAAAAUAGAGAAAGAAUAUCCCUUUUCCAAACUAUGUUUCCGUUUUCUCAAUGGUGUAAAAGAAAAAGAAAUCCGCAUUACCACAACUCACCCACCCCAAGUAAGAUAUGUUCUGUUGGAAACAAUAAAAAUCCUUUGCUCCAACCGA